CCUGGGAGCAAGUCCAUCAUCAGGCAGAGCUGCUCUUGCUUCUGCUGCCACUUCCUCUGGAGAGAGGGAAGGACAGAGUCUCAUCCAACAGGAAGGCAGUGAUGGCUGGCAAUUCAGAAAAAACACAAGACAUUCUUGUGAUCUAUGAAGAAGAUUCAGAAGAAUGGGCACUGUAUUUAAAGUCAAUAUUUGAGCACAUUACAUUAGAAAACAGCAUCUUGCUUUACAAUAUAGAUGCUGCAUCACUUCAUCAUUUGGAACAGCAAUCCUUGUGCUCUUACAGAUGCAAACUACUGAUUUUGUCAAGUGGGCUUCUAAACUUCCUGGAUUUAAACAGAAGUCUUUUUCUGAAAAAGGUUCUUCGGCCUCCUGAAAAUGUGAUUGUUUUGCUUUGCGGGGUUGAGAAUUCAGCCAUUCCAUAUAAGAUACUCAGUCUGGACAAAAGUAGUCAGGUGAUUACCACUGAUCAAAACCCAGAAGUCUACUUGGCUGUAAUUGCUGACAUUAUUCAACAAGAUCUUGAGCCAUUGUCGUUGGAUCUAGAAAGUACUUUAAAGACGGAUGACUGUGUAGUAACUGAGGCAAUCCCUGGAGCAUUGGAAAGGCCAGCGGUCUUAGUGCUACCCAAAAGGAUAUCAUGUGAGAACCCUGAAGAAAUAUUCAUUCUGCUGAGAGAUGACAUCCCCUGUAGUGCAGUAGAGGUAGAGUUCAUGACAGAAAAUCAACGGAUCAGGACUCGACCAAACUUCUGGAAUCAAAAUGUCAUGUUUAUGGAGACAUUAGAUUUUCCUGCUGGCACUGUAGAUGUCAUUGUUUACUGUGAGGGAGUCAUUAAAGCAACAACACAGAUUGAAUAUUACACUGCAGCAGAGGAAAUUGAAUGUAUACUUCAGAAGGUGGCGGAUCCGGUAGCUUUUACUUGUCAUGCUUCCAAGUUUACCUCAGCUGAGAAGAUUGACAGGAUACUCACAUUCCUAUUGACAAGGCCUGUCAUUUCUUAUGAUUUUAGUGAUUUUCCAAAUGAAGACGAGGGUCAUCAUGAUCAACAGAUAGAUUCUCAUUUGGAAGAACUUCCUACUCUUCUCCACUGUGCAGCUAAAUUUGGCCUAAAGAACCUUGCUACUGUUCUCCUCCAACAUCCUGGGGCUAUUCAAGCUUGCAAGGUAACCAAUAAGUAUGGAGAAAGCCCAGCAUGUGUUGCAGAAAAGCACAGCCAGAAAGAGAUUCAGGAGAUCAUGAAAGAAUUGUCAAUUCAUGAAAAUAACUACCAAGGAGAUGAACAGGAGGAAGAGGAUGUGAAUUCUGAAGAUGACACAUAUAUGAUUAUGGUCAGCUCAGAAUCUCAUCAUAAUGGAUGUUUCUCCCUGUCAAGGACAACAGAACAGCCUGGAGUCUGCAGGCAAGUUCAGGAUGAAGCAGGAGUGGAAGCUGAAGUAGAGCAGGAAGAGGAAGAAGGUGUGGUCAAGGAAUGUGCCAAUGAGGAAGCAAAUAAGACAGCGGAAGAGUCCUGUCAAGAUGAUGACAGCUUGUAUGCUACUAUAGAUGGGGAGGAUUCUGAAACAGACACAAAAGACCUAACCUGUGAGCAAGGGCCUCCGUUGCCACCUCGUGUCCAGCAGACUACCUCAACAGAAGCUAAAGCUUUCUAUGUGUUUCCAGAGCAGGAAAUUGUUAAAGAAAGAAAGGAAAAUGAAUAUAUGUUGGAAGACAUCAAAGAUGAGGAUGUAUCCCAGGAAGAAGGGGAGGAAGAUCCUUACACAGCAGCUGAACUGGAUGAUGGCAUAUAUGAUGCAAUACUAGCUUCUGCUACUGGAAAACGAAGAAAAGAAGGUAGAUCCUUUAUUAUGAACCGGCCACCAGCACCUGCACCCCGUCCUUCAUCUGCCCCUGUAAAAGAGGAGGUCACGCCUUACAUAGCACAAGUUUUUCAGCCAAAGGCAACCAGAAUUUCUGCAGCUAACGAGAAGGUGUUGUAUGCUGUCAGAAAACCAGAUCGAGUUUAUGACGACAGGAUUACUUAUACAGCUAUCAGGCCAAACACCCCGCUGGGUCAAGAGCAACUAAUCCUGUUGCAGGAGGAGGUGAAAAGGGGGAUAAUUUCAAUGGAUGAAGCAGUGGAGAAAUUCAAACAAUGGCAAAAUCUUGGAAGUCAAUUAGAGGCCACCCAGCAGGCUCUGCUUUGAAAAGGAUCUAUGCUGAGCAUGAAGAUGGACCAAGCUGAGCAUGAAGAUAUGACUAGAAAAUCUUCUUGUCCAAGCAGCCUUUUUUAGACAUCAUCUCUCUUCAAAUGCCCCCCCUCCCCCGCAUUCACCAUCAGAUCCUAACUAGAUGGAUACAACUGUUUCUGCUGAUAUAGCUGGAUUUUCCCCCUUUCCACUCUUGUAGCACUCCAAAAUGCUCUUAAAACUCUGUUCUUGAAAGAGAGGGAACCCCCAGGAACAACAUUAGGAGCUGCUGGAGUUAUGGAAAAUUUGGAAAUACGAUUCCAUAAGGAUCCUUCUCAGUGUAUACAUUGACCAUUCAAAGAUGUGAUCCUGCAAUGUCUUACAUUUUAUAGCAAGUGUAAUAUUACCUGCCCUGUGACGAAGCCACAAUAGUUUUUUUAAGUAUUUAGUAUUGUAUUAAUGUAUAAUUCUUGUUAUUUUAUGUGUAUUUUUAAUAAAUAUAUAUGUUGCGUAUA